AUGCAGGAGGGGACCACAAGAGCUGUCAUUUCACCCCUUCACCGCAAGGUGCUUCCGAGAGCGUCGUGUAACGGCAGGGUGCACUGGAAUUGUUUGGUGACCGAGGGCGCUAACAGCCUUGAGCGCAAACGGCAAGACGCCGCGCUUGCGGUCCCGCAUCCCCGUCCCCUGCCAUUUGACAUGCGCCCAACGUUUCGUUCUCCCGAUGCCCCGUCCGCCUCGUUCACCGUGCCAGAGGUGCCAAACCUCUCGGAUGCAGGCGAGGUGCAGCCGGUGCUGCGGGAACGUUCAGGAAGCCCCACUGACUUGGUACUGGAAGGGCACGCACUGGCUUUGUCCCGCAUCCGCUUGACAGAUCUCGUAGGGAAGGCGAGCCUCAGGCGGCAGCACAGGAUGCAGGUCGCAAAAGACCAAGAAGUUCGCCUCCUAUGCACGGCCGCACCCUAG